CUUAAAAGCAUUAUCCUUAAAAUUAUUUUUCUCCGUCCAUACUUUUCCCCCUUUCGUAAUCAGUGUAGUACUACUGACCCUAUAUAAUUAUCAACACCAUCACAUACAUUCACAUCCACCAUCACAAUUUCCAAAUCUCAAUGGACAAAGAAAAAGUAAAAUGGAACUGGACAUCAGCAAUAGUAGGAGCAGCCUCAGCGGUAGCAGCAACCUCAAUUCUCUCAGCAAAACCAAAAGACCCAACCUUCCAUCUUAUCUCCAUCAACUACACUUCCUUAAAACUAAACAUACCCGUCGUAGACCCCGAGGUUCUAUUAACCGUCCACGUCACCAACCCAAACAUAGCACCAAUUAACUAUACUUCAACUACCAUGUCUAUAUUCUACGAAGGCUCGCUACUCGGGUCGGCUCCAGUACAAGCCGGGUCGCAGCCGGCUAGGUCGUGUCAGCUUCUAAGACUACCAGCUCGGCUAAAGGCAGAGAAGCUAGCGAAACACGCAAGCCGAGUGGUAGCUGACGUGGCAAAGCGUGAGAUGAUACUCGAUGCGGCAGUUGAUAUUGCUGGGACAGCUAGAGUAUUGUGGUGGGACCAUAAGUUCAAAGUUCGCGUGAAUAGUCAUGUUACGGUUGAUCCUAUUUUUCUUGAUGUUAUUGAUCAAGAUAGUACUGCUCGACUUCAACUCUUUGCAACAGGUGAAUAGCGUCAAUUUUAAUGAAGCUAUUGAUGUUACGAUAAGCCUUUAGCAUUGGUUUCUCCGGCGAAAGUGAUUGGCUAAUUGAGCUAUGGUGUCAACAACAUGCGGCAAUUUGAAUUUGUGACUAACUCCUGAAAACAAAACGAUUUAAUUUGAAAAAAAAAAAUUAUGUACCUGCAACAAUUGCGUUCAUUUUAUUUGCAUCCUGUUUCUUUUUUUAUUUUAUUUUAUGAAUAGAAGAAAACAAAAGAUGGAGAAAGAGAGCGGAAAACUGCUACCGCUUCAUUUUAUUUGACUUUGCCACGUGAUUCGCAUGUUUCGUUACAAUUA